AUGAGCCCUCGAAAGAACAUGAAGAAGGCUGAAGAGCAACACCCUCCAGCACCGUUCGCGGAAGACGACACCGCUUCCCAAUGUGAUGAUGAGUUCCAAGGGUUCAGCCAAGAGGAAAUCGCCGACUAUUUGGCGACCUACCAUGCGAUGUUAAACUUGGACCUGAACAAUGACGAAGGCGAGCAUAUAAACGAUGACGCUUUCGAAGACUCACAGUCCGACCCAGGCGAAUACGGGCAAGAGCAGCGCGAUGAGAUCCCAUAUCUGCGUGACAACGGAAACGAGCCUCCAUCGCAUAUCCGGGUAAACUACCGUGCCGCUGUUCAGCCACCGCAACGUCCACCACCUCCGCUCCAGCAGAACCCGGUUCCUGUAGCUUCACCUCCAACGUUCAUCUUUCGAGACGCUGCAAACCCCGCUCCUAUGCCUUUUGCAAAUAUGCCGCAAGCUCUCCCUGCAUGGCACUUUGAUAGGGGAGUUCAAGCAGCGCUCCGACGAUAUCGUCGCAAUCAUCGUCCAAUUGGCGGCUUCCCCGAAGAAUACUACCCAAGAGGCGUCGUGCCAGGUGGAUACAGUCGGGGCGUUGAAGGCAUGCCCAGCCACUUGUUUCCUCAUCGGUCUGUGCCGAUCAUGCGUCGUUCUGAUGGAAGACAAAACGAACGAAUGCCGUUUGCACCGCCACGCCCAUUGGAUAAGGACAUGGCUCCUCCCAUGGAACGCGACCUCCUGUUUGAAAUGUGGGCCGAUGCCUUUGUUGAGAGUAGAAGGAUGGAGCAGGAUAUGGCAGCAUUCAGGGAAAGGCUUCAGCGGCUGUACAAGUUCUGUUACAGGUCUUAA